CUGUAAGUUAAUGUCCGGGAGAUCGAUAUGCACUUUUAGCGUCUUUGUAUUCAAUAUUAUUGAGAUCACAACAUUCAUCCACCAAAAUUAAAAACAAAACAAAACAAAUACUAAGAGCGCCCUCUGUAGCUAUAAUUGGUCGCGCACAACGUUUCACAACAACAUGAGGAGGAUCGAAGGAGCUGUGGGUGAGCCAUGUGUUGAAGAUAAACAGAUGAAGCUAUUAAAGGCUAGCUGAGUAUUACAAUUCAAAUUAUUACAUAUAUAAUACCUUUACAGUAUGGGAAAGCUGAAUGUAUCUAUGUUAAGAUACCUUUCAAAAGAGGAUUUCCGAGUUUUGACGGCAUUGGAGAUGGGAAUGAAAAAUCAUGAGAUUGUACCAUCUGAGCUAGUAGCCUCCAUUGCCAGCCUGAAGCAUGGUGGCUGCCACAAGAUCCUCAAGGAUCUUGUUGCCAAAAAGUUAGUUGCAUGGGAGCAUGGGAAGUGUCCAGGAUAUCGUCUGACAUACCCAGGAUAUGACUACCUCGCUCUAAAAGCCCUUGCUACGAGAGACAUCAUCACUUCCGUCGGGAAUCAGAUUGGAGUCGGCAAGGAGUCAGAUAUUUAUAUUGUUGCUGAUGAUGAAGAGGAACAGUUUGCAUUAAAAUUACACAGACUUGGGAGAACAUCCUUCCGAAAGUUGAAAGAAAAACGUGAUUACAUGGGGAAACGAAACCACGCUUCUUGGCUUUAUUUGUCCCGUCUGUCAGCUAUGAAGGAGUUUGCAUUUAUGAAAGCACUGUACGAUAAUGGUUUCCCCGUGCCAAGACCAGUGGACUUCAACAGACAUUGUGUAGUGAUGGAACUCAUAAAUGGAUACCCUUUAAAUCAAGUAUCUGACGUCAAAAGCCCAAGCAGCUUGUACAAUGACUUGAUGGAACUGAUCGUUAAACUGGCCAAUCAUGGAUUGAUCCACGGAGACUUCAACGAGUUUAAUAUUCUGAUUGACAGCAAUGAUAAGCCAACACUGAUUGACUUUCCCCAGAUGAUUUCAACGUCUCAUGCAAAUGCGGAAUGGUAUUUUGAUCGUGAUGUUCAAUGUGUCCGAGACUUCUUUAUCCGGAAGUUUGAUUAUGAAAGUGAACUACAUCCAACAUUUGCUGACAUUAGACGAGAAACCUCCUUAGACGUUGAUGUUUCAGCAAGUGGAUUCACAAAGGAAAUGCAGGCCUCUCUUGAAAAGGCCCAGUUGUCUCCUGAAGCUGCAGAAGAGAACAAAGAAGAUGAUGCAGCAUCAACGUCAAUCAAAGAGGAUGUGGAAUCAGAGAAAGAUGAAAAAGAAGAUAUAAGUACUGAUGAUGAGGAGGAGGUGGAUGCUGAUGAUGAAGGUGAUGAGGACGUCAAUGAUGAUGAAGAUUCUACCCAGGAACUAUUGAACACUAAACCAAGCAAACAAACGAACAUUAUUUCAAAAAAUCAAGGCGCAGAAUUAUUAGAAAACACAAGUUAUAGCAGAGAAGAGGAGCUGAAAACAGAAUUAAAUAAAGACAUUAGUGACAGCGAUGAAGAUUACGAUGCGGAUUUACAAGACUUAAGUUUAGAAAAUAAGAUGUACAAACCACACAGAAACAUUUCCAGUUUAACACAUGUGAACUCACACUCACGAACACGCAUGGAAAGUAACAGUUCAACAAAUUCACAUCAAGUUAUGGGGGAAGAUAUGGUGAAGGCAAAAGUGAAGAAGAGUUUACAAAAGAAAAAAGCAACCGAGAGGAGAAGGCGGAGGACAAAAGGCGAAGCUAAUUUAGUUACUGGGAAAAGGAGAGAAAAUGCAGAUACUAUUAAACAUAGUAUGGACUGGGCCCAGUUGUCUCCUGAAGCUGCAGAAGAGAACAAAGAAGAUGAUGGAGCAUCAACAUCAAUCAAAGAGGAUGUGGAAUCAGAGCAAGAUGAAAAAGAAGAUAUAAAUUCUACCCACAAACUAUUGAACACUAAACCAAGCAAACAAACGAACAUUAUUUCAAAAAAUCAAGAUGCAGAAUUAUUAGAAAACACAAGUUAUAGCAGAGAAGAAGAGCUGAAAACAGAAUUAAAUAAAGACAUUAGUGACAGCGAUGAAGAUUACGAUGCGGAUUUACAAGAUUUAAGUUUAGAAAAUAAGAUGUACAAACCACACAGAAACAUUUCCAGUUUAACACAUGUGAACUCACACUCACGAACCCGCAUGGAAAGUAACAGUUCAACAAAUUCACAUCAAAUUAUGGGGAAAGAGAUGGUGAAGGCAAAAGUGAAGAAGAGUUUACAGAAGAAAAAAGCAACCGAGAGGAGAAGGCGAAGGACAAAAGGCGAAGCUAAUUUAGUUACUGGGAAAAGGAGAGAAAAUGCAGAUACUAUUAAACAUAGUAUGGACUGGUUUUAACUUCUUAAAUAGACAGUGGCGGCGCAACAGUAUUUCUCCCCCUCCCCCAGAAAAUUUUCUUGUCACCAUCACCCCCAAAAAAGAAGAGAAACCAAAAUUUGUUGCGGAGGAAAAAAAAUUAUAUGUAUUUUCUAGAUAUUAGAAAAAAAAAAUCCAUUAUAUAAGCCUCUGAAACACCUAAAUUGCCAUUUUCUGGGGAUUCGUCCCGUGGACCACUUUCUACAACAUUUUAAUUGACGCCCGACCACUUUGCUCUCGUCGGGAACCAUGCCCCCCACCCCCAAAAUUGUACCAUGCCCUUAAUUUCCCCCCUCCUUUUCAGACACUGGCACCGCCACUGUAAAUAGACAAUAAUGGGUAUUAUACUUCCAAUAGAUUACAUUAUACUUUAUUUAUCCAACAUUAUACUUCCACUUUUAUACAAUUUGAAAGUAUUUUUACAGCCAGAAACCAGAUAAAUAACUAAUUUGUGCAUUAAAACACAAAUGUGUGUUUGCUUCACAUCUUCUGUCACAUGGUCUAUAAUAAUAAUAAUAAUGUAACGUUAUAAUUGUACAGUGCAAAAUACUGGUGCUUCGAUGUGCUUAACAUUAAAGAUUUUUAAAAAUAA